UAUUCUUUUAGAUUAAAGACUUGUGAUGGUCAACUCAUUUUUCUCUUCUUUUUUUUUUUUUGUUUCUUUCAAUAAAUCUAAUAGAUCUGCCAAGUACUUAUACGCGAAGAGGAAAAUGAAUUGAGUGUAGAGAUUCUGGACCGGAAGCUUGUGCUUAUGCUACAAUGAGCAGAGUUUUGACUACCGCCGUCGCCGUGUUUCCAAUUACCCACUCUAUUCUUCCCCGUUGUCUACGCCUCUCGAAUCUGCCGCCAUCUCUCACUGCAACAAGCCACACUCGUACAUUUCGUAGACGUUUCUUCUCUCCCUACAAUUUCCGGGCCGUUUCCAGUCCGGUGAAGGCCGGUUUUGAUGUUUUUGUAGAUGGUGGCUCAAUUGUGCAGGAUACUGGAGCCACGGCUUUGGUCAUCGCCGGCGCUUACGCUCUUGUCUCCACUUUCGAUUUCUUAUCCGAGCGGAAUCUCAUUGAACAGAACUUAAGCAGAAAGCUGGUCCACAUAAUGUCUGGUCUGCUUUUUAUGGCUUCCUGGCCGAUUUUCAGCGCAUCAAGAUGGGCUCGCUACUUUGCUUCUGUAGUUCCACUUACAAACUGCUUGAGACUUGUAACUCAUGGCCUUUCGUUGGCUACUGAUGAGGGGCUUAUAAAAUCUGUUACUAGGGAAGGAAAGCCAGAAGAAUUGCUCAGAGGGCCUUUGUAUUAUGUUCUAGUGCUAAUUUUGAGUGCGGUUCUCUUUUGGCGUGAGUCACCCGUUGGAGUAGUUUCAUUAGCAAUGAUGUGUGGUGGUGAUGGGAUCGCUGAUAUUGUUGGAAGAAGGUUUGGGUCAACAAAAAUCCCUUAUAAUAAACAGAAAAGUUGGGCUGGUAGCCUCUCCAUGUUUGUUUUCGGUUUCCUGGUAUCCAUUGGGAUGCUCUAUUACUUCUCAGCCUUGGGAUAUUUUCACUUGGAUUGGGUUUCAACGGUAGAAAGAGUAGCUGUGGUGUCAUUUGUAGCAACUAUGGUGGAGUCUCUCCCUAUUACUGGAACGGUAGAUGAUAACAUAUCUGUUCCUUUGGUAAGCAUGGUUGUAGCAUGGUUGGCUUUUGCUUAGUAGAAUGUUCUCGUCUCCCCGGUAGUAUGCUGUCAUGUCAUCUUUUUAUUGAUAAAAUUGGCAGCGUAAGGUGAUGAUUCCUACUUCAUCUUGUGGUUCUCUUAUGUAUAUCCUCAAGUGGUUCUAUGAUGCCCAAAUGUGUCAAUUAAAGAAGAUAACACAACUUCAUUUUA